GCUCUUCUUCUUCUCCUUCUUCAUUCUCCUUUCUACCAACUUAUCUUCCUUCCUUCCCUCCUUCACUCCUUCAAUCAAUCAUCAAUCAAUCCGAAACACAAUCAUUCAAAAUGAACCCCCAUCAACAGAAUAAGAUCGAUACCAGCUCGCUGAGCCCCGAUGAGCAACGUCUGUUGCGCCUCUAUGGCAAGAUGCCCAACAAGAAGGAUCUCCUGCAGAACAAGCUCAAGGAACGCAAAUACUUCGAUUCGGGUGACUACGCCCUCAGCAAAGCAGGCAAAGCCUCAGACGUCGGCGUCACCAACAUCGGCUCCCAACAUCCUGUUCCGGAGAACAUCCCCCACCUGACCGCCACCUCCCCGGGCGCCAACAACCCCGCCGCCGCCGGCAAUGGAGGCAGCAUCAGCGCCCAAGGUGGACAGCAGAUUCCCGGCAGCAUCAGCGGACAUCCGGGCUCUAUCGGGUUUCAGAGCCGCAGCCCGGUCAAGGAAGCCAGCUUCCUGCAACGAGGCACCAGCGUCGAUGAGGCCGACGGAAACAACAUCGAUGCAGUCGCAUCCCAAGAGCCCACCGAUGCCGACAGUGUGAGCCCGCCCCCAACCCGGGGUGGUGUUCCCAUCCGCCAAUAAAUCAUUUCCCGUAUUUCGAUUUCAUCAUUCAUGUGACUCUGCAUCUGAUAUUCUACUUUCGUACAUGGUUUGUUGGCUCCGUCCGGUGAUCGGUGGUAUUUAAAAGAGAGUUCUGGCGCCAUGGAUUCCCACGUCACGUUGUUCU